UGGAUAUUAGCGCAACUUAUGGACCCCUCGCUAGACUAUCCUAAAAUCUACCAAUCUUUAAGUAGCGAAGUUAAGAAGAAGUUGAAUGAAAGAAGUAAAUCUGAUGAGCAGACUUCUGACUUUGCAUGUGUGGCCAAAAGUCUUGCUGUCCAAGAAUGUCAUGAAAUAGCAGCAGUAUUCGCGCUGGGAAAGGCCAGAUGUGAAUUUUCAUCGAAAAAUGUUACAGCUGAAGCAUCAUCAUUGUUUACAGCUGCAAAGUACUUUAUUCAAGCUGAUGAUAUGUAUACAUCAAUGAAUGCUAUAAAUUAUGAAGAGAAUUUAGACUGUUCAGUUAUUUGCCUAUUGAGAUCAGCAAGAAUUUAUGAGUUGAAUGAACUAUUCACAUUGGCAACAAAUGUAUACAUUUUUCUAGUCGAUUUAUUAAUGCGAAAAUGUAAAUUUAGUCAAGCAAUUCCAUAUUUAAAACGUGCUAUGGAAAUUGUAUCGAAAGAUAUCUUGUUAAGUUUAGAGUUAUAUAAACGCUUAAGUCAUUGUCAGUUAUGUAUACAUGAUUGGCCUGGUGCUCUGAGUACAUUCAUACGAAUACAAUGUUUAUUGAAAGAAGAGUUUACGGUUAAUUCAUUUGAUCUCUAUGUACAAUAUUGGAGUAAUUCUGAAAUAUUUCGUGUACUACUCAUUCUAUUGUGUAUGCCUCCAUAUAGACUGUGUAAUCUUGAUGCAUCUGGUUAUUCUUUAAAACAAUAUAAUGUGGAUAUCAAUUAUACAGAUGACAAAGAUGAUACAAUAACAUCACCACCUUCUAAGUCAAAUUAUAUUGAUGAUGAUCUAUUCAUAUUGCUGCAGUCUUUUGUGUUGGCACAUCGAACAAAGGAUAUUGUGGAAUUGGAAGCAAUAUCAGCUAUGCUACAAUCAUUUUUGAAUUCAGAACAAAGAGAAUUGAUCAUUCUGAUUAUUCGAGAGUUGGUAGUGGAUGUAUCAUGAAGUAUGGCUGAUUUCAACAAUGUCAUCACUCUAUGAAUUACUUUCUUCCCAAACAAGAGUGUAUUCACAGGAACUUGUUAUGUGAUGAUUUUAUUUUGGAAAUGGUGAUUCGAUAAGGAAAUGGCUUGCAAUUUCCGUAUCAUAAUUUAUAUUUGAAAAACUUAUCUGUUCUGCUCUUCUACUCGUAUUUACGUGACUAUUGUGACUGUCUUCUUUGGGUAAGUUGGUGUUGGUUCGAGGAGUAGUGUUAGUAAAUGUAUGUUGUGUCAGGUACAUUUUGUGUGCAAGUGUUAUAGGUGAGGGAGUGGCGGUGGAACUGUGUGGAUAUAUUUGUAGACUGUCUGUGGAAACAGUCAAUCCUCAUAGUCGAUGUUUUGGUUGGUGACAUAUUUAUUUGCGACGAAUGAGAACUGAUUGAUUUAGCAUUUGAAUUGAAUAUUGUAUUGAGCAGCCUGGUUGAAAAUUCAAGGAUGAGUGUUCGUAUUGAAAGUUGCUGGAGUAGUGACGAUGACAAGAAAUAGUCUAGUGUGUUUGUGUUUGUUGACUUAUGGCUUGAGCGAGCUUGUAAAGUCGAAUAUUUCUCAGGUGUGUCGUUUGGAAAGGUUCAGCAAAGGAGAGAUUUGGAGAGGUGAAAUGUGGUUUAUGAUAUAUCAUGACAGUACUGAUUACUGGCAUGUGAUGGAAGCAUCGAGUAAGUAUUGUUGAGGUGAUGAGCAGGUGUUGAGCAUGCAAAGCAAGUUAGCUGAUGAUGAUGAUGGUGAUGUGAACUAGGAGUGACUUCGAUUUGAGAGACAUGUUACACGAGUAUAUUCAGCAUCGAUUGCAAUAGGAUCGGUGUGGAUGAGAACUGAUGUUGGUCAGCUCAAGAUGUGAUACAGUGAAACGAUGUGACUCACUGGUUAUUUGAAGUGAUCUAGGUAAGGCUUAGGGGUUGAGGGCACUUGGUGACACGAAUCGAACAUGUUGAUCACUUGUCUUUCUCAAUAUCCUGUUGCUCUAUAAUUGUUGCUUUACUCUACUCAUUCCAUUUCCUGUUGUAUUAUCCCUAAAUAUCUGUUGCUGUUGUGUUGUGAAGUGUGUCAGAUGGAAGAUAUUUUCCACCCUUUCUUUCAUGUAUGCUCAACAUAAUUGUCUCAGUUGUACAAAUCUUAAUUUGGAAAUAGGUAAUGUGAUAAGAUAAGAUAGAAAGAAUAAAUGUUGAAGGUAUUGAGUUUGAUGUUGUCUGACAUGCUUUUAAUGUUUAAGGGAAUGGAUAGACAACUAGUAAGAGUAUAAGUUGAUGUAAUACAAUCUGACUGAUAACAAUGUGCAUUUACACAUUUGCUUGCAUGUGAAUGGAAGAAUAAGAAGAAUGAUUUAUUUGAAGUAGACGAGAUGCUUAUCGCUGACUGAUUCAUUGUGAUGAAUUAGGUGUUGAUGGAAUGGGAAAUGAGAGGGGGAAGUAGUCGAGAUUGAAGAAGUUAGUGAUAACAGUGUUAACUUCUAGAACAAUAUACAUGAAGAGGUAAAUAUUUUAGAUGAGAUAGUAGAAACGAAGAGAUAGAAAGAAGGUAUUGUUCUCUUGUGUUGUUGUUGUUGCCUUGUAAACAAGAUGCAAAUCAGGUGAAGAUGACAAUAUGAGUUGAAGUUGGUUGAUGAGUUUGAUGUUGAGAUUAUGUGUCAGAUGCGUCUAUCCACUGUUCAUCUCAGCUCAGAGUGUUCACUUGAUGAGUAGUUGGAUUUUGGGAUGAGGAUGUGGUCAGAAUUGAUGAGUUGUGUGACUCACUUUGUGAAUGAUGUAGGGAAGUGAAGGGAUUUCGGUUUUUGAAUAGGAGAGACCUGAAAUGGUUGACUUGAGAUUCG